AUGCCAAUAUCUAAUCUUACUAACGGAAUACCAAGUGAUCGAAAAAUCGAUCAAUUUGAGCCUCCAUAUGGUUACCUAUCAUCAAUAGAUCCAUAUCCAUGUUUUGAUGAAAGUGUUAUAAAUUAUUCAACUAAUCAACGUAGUCAAAAAUCAUCUAAUCUUAUUUGUAAAUUAGUUCUUAUCGGUGAUGUUGCUGUAGGAAAAUCAAGUUUAGCUACAAGGUUGUGUCAUAAUACAUUUGAUCGAAAUUAUAAAGCAACAAUAGGGGUUGAUUUUGAAGUUGAAAGAUUUUUGAUUUUGGGUGUACCUUUAUCAUUACAAAUAUGGGAUACUGCUGGACAAGAGCGAUUCAAAUGUAUUGCGGGUAAAUAUUCUUUAUUACAUUUUCAAGUUCAAUAA